CUGGUCUCCUGUGUUGGCGGCGGCGUCCUCAGUCCGUCGGCCGGAGUGUGCCUCGGUGCGGCGCGUGCGAGACGUAACGGUCGAAAGGCAACCGCCCUUGCUCAGGAUUUUUUUUGUGUCUUUUCAUGGAGACUGAUGACCAAGUUGGAAGGAGGCAACUAGCCGAUGGCUUCUGACUCCAUGGUCCCAGAGCAAGCGGAGCAUCGUGGGGUGAAAGGGAAGAGGCAGCACCUGCAAGAAAAGGCCCCUUUGAAUAGCGAUGGCGAAGAAGAAGCAUUUGUAUUUGAAGCAAAUGAAGCUUGGAAGGAUUUUCACAGCUCUCUCCUUCGCUUCUAUGAAGCUGGAGAACUUUUUGAUGUCACACUGAAGGUUGGGUCAAAGUUGAUAUCAUGUCACAAGCUAGUGCUGGCUUGUGUUAUUCCUUACUUCCGAGCCAUGUUUCUUUCUGAAAUGGCGGAAGCCAAGCAGACGUUAAUUGAGAUCAAAGACUUUGAUGGUGAUGCCAUAGAAGAUUUGGUCAAGUUUGUCUAUUCAUCUCGACUGACUCUGACAGUCGACAAUGUCCAGCCCCUCUUAUAUGCUGCUUGCAUUCUCCAGGUGGAGGUAGUGGCCAAAGCUUGCUGUGAGUACAUGAAACUGCACUUCCACCCUUCAAACUGCCUGGCAGUGCGAGCUUUUGCAGAGAGCCACAACCGCAUUGACUUGAUGGACAUGGCUGAUCGCUAUGCCUGUGAACAUUUUGCUGAGGUUGUGGACUGUGAAGACUUUGUGAGUGUGUCACCUCAGCACCUGCAUAAACUGUUGUCCUCCAGCGAUCUCAGCAUUGAGAGCGAAAAGCAAGUCUAUACUGCUGCUAUUAAGUGGCUUCAUGCCAACCCACAGCAUCAUGCCACGUGGUUAGAUGAAAUACUCGCUCAGGUGCGUCUCCCUCUGUUGCCCAUCUGUUUUCUGAUGGGUGUCGUGGCAAAAGAGGAGAUUGUCAAGCAGAACCUAAAAUGUCGGGACUUGCUGGAUGAAGCAAGAAACUACCACCUGCACUUGAGCAGCCAUACGGUUCCGGACUUUGAAUAUUCCAUCCGAACCACACCAAGGAAACACACAGCAGGUGUUCUUUUCUGUGUUGGUGGUCGUGGUGGAUCUGGUGACCCAUUUCGCAGCAUUGAGUGUUACUCGAUAAAUACAAACAGCUGGUUUUUUGGCCCUGAAAUGAACAGUAGAAGAAGGCAUGUGGGUGUCAUAUCUGUGGGAGGUAAAGUUUAUGCAGUGGGCGGGCAUGAUGGAAAUGAGCAUCUGGGAAGUAUGGAAAUGUUUGAUCCUCUCACAAAUAAGUGGAUGAUGAAAGCAUCUAUGAAUACUAAAAGGCGAGGGAUUGCUCUUGCCUCUCUCGGAGGCCCCGUCUAUGCCAUUGGAGGCCUAGAUGACAACACUUGCUUCAGUGACGUGGAGAGAUACGACAUUGACUCUGAUCGGUGGAGCACAGUGGCCCCAAUGAACACUCCUCGGGGGGGAGUGGGCUCUGUGGCUCUUGUAAACUACGUGUAUGCUGUUGGCGGGAAUGAUGGUGUAGCCUCCCUUUCCAGUGUGGAGAAAUAUGACCCUCACCUGGAUAAAUGGAUAGAAGUAAAAGAAAUGGGUCAGCGGAGAGCUGGCAAUGGGGUUAGUGAACUCCACGGCUGCUUGUAUGUAGUAGGUGGCUUUGAUGACAAUUCUCCACUCACUUCUGUUGAACGAUUUGACCCUCGCUGUAACAAGUGGGAGUACGUGGCUGAGCUUACAACUCCCAGGGGUGGAGUUGGCAUAGCAACAUUAAUGGGGAAAAUCUUUGCUGUUGGCGGUCACAAUGGAAACGCUUAUCUGAAUACGGUGGAAGCCUUUGACCCCGUGGUGAACAGGUGGGAGCUUGUGGGUUCCGUGUCCCACUGCAGAGCUGGAGCAGGCGUAGCUGUGUGUGCUUGCCUUGGCAGCCAAAUCCGUGAUGUGGGUCAGGGAUCCAGCAAUGUGGUGGACUGCAUGUGAAUUUGGGUUUAAGUCUCAGUGUCGCAAGACUUCGGAAUCCUUAGGAACUUCCUAAAUCAGUAUCUGUAAAUAUUCAAAGGUGCACUUGUUUGAGAAUGUGAGUAUUUGACAGCUGUUAAAGGCUUGGCAAACAUGGAACCAGAAGUCCUCAGUGGUUGUUCAAAACAUAAUGCCCAGUAGUAGUUCAGAAGUUGGAGGGCCGUCAGUCUUCAGCCUCUCGUUAAUUUAACUGGGGGGGCGGGCUAGGUUGUAUGUCUUGAGUGGUUGAGCUUUUCCUCAGACCUGUCCCCGAAAUCUUUGUACUCGAGCACUUAAAUCUCUUCUCUAAAGGAUGUUCUGGUUAAAAGUAACGGCAGCAUUUAUGAAUCCGCAUGUUCUCCUCUAACGCUAUGCAAUCCGGAACUAGCUCAGUGGACCAUGGCCUCCUGAAAAAUGUUAAGUUGGCAGAGCACUUGUAAAUUAACAGGCUUUAUUUGCCAGGGAGAAGCACCAAAUAAGCACCAGUCCUGUUGACACCCAUUUCAGCCUGAAAGAACCUAAAGCAUAGGAUAAUAUUUGCACAGGUAACACGGCUGGAUUUGUGUGGGAUGUAACCACCAUUGUACACCUUCCAUUGCAAACUUGUGAUGGAAGCCAGGGGCACCCUUUUCAGUUCCAGAAGGACAACCAGAGCUUUUCCCUUACAGACCAUCUCCAUUUGGAAUGCUUAUUUUGUCACUCGCGAUCUGUGCGUAUUAAGGCCCUCGGUUGGUUCGUGACUGCCGGGCUUCUAAACGUUGCAUCUCCAUCCCAGAAAUGCUCCGUUCUCGGAUCUCCUGUGUGGCAUUUAUAUCCUGCGUGCAUCCUUAGAACAUGAGUAAGCCAUGACUAGAAGAUGCGCAUCACUGUAACUGGAGA